CCACCUAAAAAUAAAAGAGGCAGCCCAAUAUUUUGGGCCAGUGUUGGAGCCCAAACGGCGCAACCUAGACAGUGAAAAAAAAGCUCUGAAAGCUCUGCUGCCUAGCUUGUAGCUUUGGCUUCCCGUCUCAGUUCUUUUAACAGGACCAAUCUAGUUAUCUUGGGUUCCCUAUGGAUUCCGAAGCAGAGAAUCUUGAGGAGAAGUUGAUGUCUUUGCUCGGUCAGCUCCGAGCUGAGCGUGCCAUUCUUGAAAGAGUGGUCUACAAGAACAAGAAUCAGCAUAGACGUUCCUCUUACUUCCAGUACCUAAUGAAGGUAAGGAGGGAUUUGAGGCUUUUACAAUCAACUAAGUUGGAGGAGAUUUUGGGCUGCUGUUUCCAAAGUAUCACUGGAAAGAGACCCAAGCAAAAGAUGCAUCUAUUAGAAAGUUUGAAGAGAAGAAAAUGUGAAAGUGGAAAAUAUAAUUUCAUGGAACGACUUCUGGGAGCUGCACGUCUUCUAUCGCAGAUGGUUGAACCAAUGUUGAAGGCUGCUAUUCAGAUAUCUACAUUGCUGGCUCGAUCUUUUUUCAUGGGAUUCUCUUUGACUAUCUUAGCUUUGCUUGCACGACUUCGAGUUUUGGUUCAACAGAUUCUGCUUGAUGUUGUUUCAGUAUUCAACAUGGUUUCUUCUCUUUCCCAAAAGAAGCAAUCAGUUAAAAUAAAUCAAGAAGGAGUUGAGGUCUUCAGGGAGUUUUACCCUACACAAGAGGAUUUUAUCACUCUGGAGUGCGUGUGGAAAUCUGAUAAAUUUGACUUGCUUGAGAGGACACAUAAGAGCCAGAUUGCAAGUCCUGGUGUGGAUAUUUCUUUAGGGACAUCAUCUGUGCUUUAUCGAAGUAUUGAGUCUUCCCUUGGAGAUGAUGAAAUGUCUGAGAGGCCAGAUGAAAACCAUACUGUUGAGCUCGAUCAAGUUCAGGUCAUGGAGAACAACAUUAAUCUAUUGUCUGGUCCAUCCGAUGGUGAUGAUGUAAAGCUGGUUGAACCUUGUGGGGAGGGUUCAAACAUGGAAGACACUCCUAGCAAAAAGCUUUCCCAAGAAGGUUGCUUGCCACAAGUCUCUUCAAGUUCAGAGGCAUCAAAACUGAAGUCUGGACCAGUUAAAGUGGCAUUCAUACAAAUUAAAAAACCCAUAACAUCAUCCGCAAAUACAUCUGGACUCCAUUCUAGAGAAACUGACAUCAUUAACCAUAAUAAGGAAGAUCCAUUGUUCAGCUUGCUUUCUAGUGCCAAUGUAAAGAAUAGUCUCUUAUGAGUAGCAUUGUAGUCCUUGACGUGAAUGCCCAAGGAGCAUGAGCAUCCAUCUUUAAUAGUUGUGUGGGGUUUUGCUCUC